AUGACUCGCGUAAAGAUCCUGCUCACCGGCGUCACAGGAUACAUCGGUGGUAGCGUACUCCAUCAAUUACUCCGCAGCAAACACCCAUCGAUUCAGGAGGCUGAGAUAGCGUGUCUGGUUCGUGGUCAGGACAGAGUUGCGCAGCUUCACAAUGCCUUUGGCUCCAGGCUCAAGGUUGUGCUCUUCGAGGGCCUGGAAGAUACGGCGCGUCUUGUCGAGAUAGCAAGUCAGUACGAUGUCGUCUUCAAUAUGACGCUGGGCUAUCAUCUUGCCAGCGCUGUAGCUUUUGUUAAAGGCCUUUGCUUACGCCGGGUGCACACUGGCAGAGACGUAUGGCUGGUGCAUACUUCGGGCGUCUCGAACCUCGCUGACCAACCACUUUCCGGGGAUCACAUUGAACCAAGCCCGGAUCGGGAAUUCAACGAUUUCGAGGACGACAUUCAUACCUAUGAGAAGACGCGCAAUGCUAGGAGGAGAUACAUCCAGCGGACGACGGAAUUGGGCAUGAUAGACGCUGGUCUCGGAUCAGGCGUGAAGACAGUCGUCCUCAUGUCUCCAUUGAUCUACGGUGUUGGCACAGGAUUAUGGAACAAGCGCAGUCUGCAAGUGCCUCGAUUGGUCCGGGCGGCGAUAACGGAAGGCCAAGCCAUCGUUGUUGGCGAUGGCAAGGGUGUAUGGGAUAACGUCCAUAUCGAGGACCUUGCAAGAUUAUACGAGCUGACGCUUAUCAACAUCUUGUCACAGGAUGGCGCCUCCCUUCCAACGGGCAACCAGGGCGUUGUUUUCAGCGCGCAUCGACGUCACACGUGGAUUGACGUAUCGCAGGCGGUCGCAGAUGCUGUAUGCAAAGCCGGCCUGAUUGACAGCAACAUCGUGAGGACUGUGAGUCUCGCGGAAGGAGCUAAGUUGUUCACUGGUGGCGUGGAGCAAGUUGCUGAGUUGGGUUUCGCAAGCACUUGCAGGACACGCAGUGAGGUUGCGAGGAGGUUGGGCUGGCAUCCCAGCGCUGGAAUCGAGGCUUGGGAGCAAGGCUUCGUGGAAGUGGUCGAUGCGCUUAGAUCGAAGCUGUGA